AACAACUUUUGCCGCGAUCUCCGCACCCGCGGGCGCGGCCCAUAAACCCCACACCGCGCGUUCGAUCCGGGUCGCGAAAUCGAUCGAUGGAUCGACCGCGGAGAGCGACAAAGAUCGGUCUUCGUGCAGCCUAAGCGGCAGACACCGGCAGGUCGAUGUUAUUAGUCGUCAUGAAUCGCAUCCACCAAAGCACCAAAAGCAAGAAAAAGAAGCGCAAAAGAAACCCCACACUCGGAUCCCGAUCCCAAUCCCAAACCCUCUCUCGGUGUCUGCGUCCGUCUCCCAUCCUCCUCGCCCUUCAAAAUCCCGCCUUGUCUCUCUUUUAAUUUCCUACUAAUUAUAUUGCUCUGCCGAUGGUACAGCCGCGGAGCCCAAAAGUAAUUAUUUUUGACGCCUUCGGAUGUUGAUAUCAUCGUGUCGGUUGGUUCUACGGAUUCCAAUCGAGCACUCGCGAUUCUUCUGGUCUCUGUUGUGGAAUUUAUCGCUUCCUGGCGUCCGAAUUCACUCGUUUGCCCCUUUUACGGUUUCCCCCUUUUUCCAGUUCUGGCAAUGAGAUUCUGAGGAUUAUUAUUAAGUUGGUGCCUGUGGCGAUCUUUUAAUUGUUUGUUUAUAGUUUCCCAAUCUCUCGCCUCUCCCUCUUUCUCUCUCUUCGAAUCGCCCACCUUUUUUGUUUUGCUUGUGUUUUGACUCGGCUUGUCAGAGCCUGAUGGGCACGAAAGGCGGGAUUUUUACGGCGGAUGGGCUCGUGUUUUGUGGUCGAUUGGGGUUGUGGUGAGUUGUGAUUAAGAUUUGAGAGUUCGGAUUUUUUUUGCCAUAGCGGUGCAUUAGGGUUUGGUUUACCCCUCGUCGGUACUUUACUCUUCCUCCUAUCCUCCUCUUUUUUCUGGGUUGUUCGCGAGCUCCGGAGGCGUUCCUUGUCGGAAAGGUCGUCGAUUCCUUCAUAUUUCCGGAAUUCGGGUUACAGUAUUGGGGAAAAAGAUGGAAGAUUUGUUAGUUUGAGGUGCGAACGAUGUCACAACCUCAAGGUUACGGGAGAGAGAACUGUAUCCUCCUGGCUGUGCUGUGCGGGCAAUUUGCAGAUAGACGAAGGGGGGAUGCGAAGAAUCGGCCUCAGUAUCCCUUUCCCGAACUCGUGUCAUCUGGGCGAUUAGAGGUCCAGACACUCAUUAAUCCUACAGUUGAUAGAUUUAGUGAAGCUCAGAAAUUAGUUCAGCCCAAUAUUCUGUACUUUCAAGGGGAACAACUCGAAAAUGAAGAGCAAAUUGGCUCGCUAGUCUGGGGAGGAGUUGAUGUGUCUGAUUCUGAGAUGCUUACUUCAUUUAUUAGUCCUCCAUUACCGACCAUCGUUUACUUGGAGAUUCCAAGUGGUGAAAAGAUUGCGCAAGCUUUUCACUCUAAGGGGGUUCGAUAUGUAAUAUACUGGAAGAGUGCCUUUUCAUCUUAUGCAGCUUCCUACUUUCGUCAUGCAUUGCUAUCAGUUGUACAGAGCUCAUGCAGCCACACAUGGGAUGCUUUUCAGCUUGCACAUGCAUCAUUUAGGCUUUACUGUCUACGGAACAACCAGGUUUUGUCAGAUAGCAGCAACCAAAAGCUCAGAAGUAAGAUUGAGCCUCAUCUACUAGGAGAUGCACCAAAGAUCAAUAUCCCUUUACCUGAGAAGGAUUUGGCUGAAGACGGAGAAGAAGAAACCGACGAAGGGAAUGGAUCCCUUGCCUCCGUGACAAUUUUUGAUGAGGAUAUGGACUUGAGAUUUCUAGUAUGUGGACUGCCAUGCACUCUGGAUGCUUGUUUGUUGAGCUCCUUGGAAGAUGGUUUAAAUGCACUGCUGAAUAUUGAAAUUCGUGGGAGUAAACUUCAGAACCGUGUCAGUGCAGCACCGCCACCUCUUCAAGCUGGAAACUUUUCUCGUGGUGUUGUAACAAUGCGUUGUGAUAUCACAACUUGCAGUUCUGCUCAUAUCUCGCUGUUGGUGUCUGGUAGUGCACAAACUUGUUUUGAUGAUCAGCUAUUGGAGAGCCACAUCAAGAGCGCUCUUAUUGAGAAGACCCAGCUUGUCCAUGCUGUCCCAAAUAGUGAUGACAAGAAGUCAUCAUGGCUUAAUCUUCUGAAUUCGGUUUCCAUAGCUUGUGGGGCACCUGUGUUUGAAGUUUGCAUGAGAAUGCCAACUUGGGCUGCACAGGUUCUGAAGCAUCUGGCACCUGAAGUUACUUAUCGUAGUUUGGUGACUCUUGGCAUUGCAAGUAUUCGGGGAACUACAGUUGCUUCUUUUGAGAAAGAAGAUGCAGAUCGCCUUCUUUUCUUUUGUAGAAGGCAGGUUAAGGACUUUGUUAGUGAAGAAACUGUCGUCUCUUGUCUGCCGACAUGGUCAUCUUCUCUUAUCAAAGGAAGGUCCAUGUCAGGCCUCGAAUCGAGACCGAUUGCAUCUGACUAUGUAUUUGUUGAACAUGGAAUGGCUUGUAAAUCUGCUGAGCUUAGUGUGAAGAAUAGGCAGAGAUCAAAUAUCGCUGCAAUGAGGCCAAUUCCUCAUCCUCGGAAACACAAACUGUUGCCCUUUUUUGGAGUGCCUCCAGCUGAUGUUAAUGAUGGAAGUCAAGUUCAGAAUAACGUGUCUCAAACACCCCAUGUGAAGCAUAAUUCAUUGCCACGUGCCCCUGCAAUUCAAAGAAAAUCCACAUCAGGCUCGCUCCGUGCUCAGCAGAUUAUUCCAUUAAAUCCUCUUCCAUUGAAGAAGCAUGAAUGUAACCGUCCAUCAAUUCAAGUUUGUUCAGAAGAGGAAUUUUUGAAGGAUGUCAUGCAAUUUUUAAUCCUUAGGGGCCACAGUCGACUUGUUCCCCAAGGAGGGAUACAAGAAUUUCCAGAUGCCAUACUCAAUGCGAAGCGGCUGGACCUAUACAACUUAUACAGAGAGGUGGUCUCAAGGGGUGGUUUUUAUGUGGGAAAUGGCAUAAACUGGAAGGGACAGGUCUUCUCAAAAAUGCGCAACCAUACUGCAACCAACAGAAUGACUGGUGUUGGAAAUACUCUCAAAAGGCAUUAUGAAACAUACCUGUUGGAGUAUGAAUUAGCACAUGAUGAUGUGGACGGGGAGUGUUGCCUCUUGUGUCACAGUAGUGCUCCCGGCGAUUGGGUGAACUGUGGCUUGUGUGGUGAAUGGGCCCACUUUGGCUGUGAUAGACGACCGGGCUUAGGCACUUUUAAGGACUAUGCAAAGACAGAUGGAUUGGAGUACAUUUGCCCGCACUGUAGCCUAACGAGCUACAAGAAGAAGUCACAGAAAAUGGCUAAUGGAUUCUCGAAUACGUCCAACGUUUCGCGCCAUCUGUAAUUCUUCCACUUUUGUUUCUUUUCUUUGUCUCCUAAAUCAGAGAGGAGUGGCUGCGCCGGUAGGGCUCAAUUGUAUUAUUCCGGAGUUGUUCCAUUGAUGCUUAGAUCAAAGGCCAAAUCCCCAUAUACAUACGGCUACACACGAAUAUGAAAUGAAGGUUCCCAUUUUUACCAUGGUAUCAGCACUUGUAUCCCCACAAUCCCCACUAGGAAUCAAUGAAGAAUAGCCUGGAAAGGAAGAAUGAUAAUAUUUUUUUAACCUGAGUUGAUGCAGUAAAUCCUUAUUGGGAA